UACCUGAAAAAAAGUUAAAAGACAGAGAAGAAAGAGACAAAAAUUAGUACUUAGUAAGGAAUUAAAGUACAAAAAUAGACGUAAAUUAUGAAACAGAGGACAGGUAAUGUUGAAGAUGUUUAAUACGAUGAUUAAAAUGAGCGACGAAGGGAUGAAAAGUGAAAGAUGAUUAGACGAGAUGAAUUUAGAAUCAAUGUUGACAGUGAUUUACCUACAAUUAUGAUAAUCGUCGACACUAUGAUGAUGAAAACUUAUCAAUAGAUUUUAUAGCUCACUGUAUCCUUUUUACAUCAUCAUCAUCAUCCUCCUCUUUUCCUCCUCCUUCACCUAAUCAUUUUCCCGACUCUGUUCUUUCAAAAGCAACUUCAUUUGUCAAAUCAAUCUUAAUUGUAACACUAAUUAACCUUUUCUGUUACUUUUCCAUAGUUUACCUUUUGUUAUGAGAGUAAAAAGUGAAUCAAAUUUAACCUCUUUAAACUAGUUGAUCAAAAUUAAAUUUAAUUUUUACAUUGUAAUUGUUGAAGACCAAAAAAAAGGUUAAUGUAAAGUGGAAAAAGUAAUCAGUUAAAUUUAAUUUACUCACCUUUGGAGAAGCAAAAACAUUGAAUUUGGGAGAAUCCAAGAAACGUAAUUUGUUCAUCAAUCAAGUUGAACUGAGUGAAUAAAAAGCAACUUAAAAUUAGGUUCAAUUGAUUUACGAGUGAUUAAAUUAAAAGUGAGUUUAAUCAAAAUGAUUAGUGUACCUGUAUCUCUGUUCCUAGCCUAUGCUGUUGCCGUUAAAGUGUAUAAGAAAACUGCUCCCAAUGGUAAGAUAACUGUUUACCUUGGAAGUCGAGAUUUUGGUGAUCACGGUGAUUAUGUGGAUACCAUUGAUGGUGUUGUCGUUGUUGAUGAAGAAUAUUUAAAAGGUCGCCGUGUUUUUGGACAAAUAGUGACCACCUUUCGUUAUGGAAGGGAAGAAGAUGAGAUUAUGGGAUUACACUUUUCCCGUCAACUAUAUUUGGCAUUAGAGCAAGUUUAUCCUCCUGCACCAAGUAAACAGCAAACAAUUAAUGAAACAUCCAACAGUGAACCACAACCAUUAAACAAACUGCAGGACAAAUUGUUACGUAAAUUGGGAUCAGCAGCUCAUCCGUUUACCUUUCAACUGCCCAAAAAUGCUCCACCCUCUGUAACUCUUCAACCAGGACCUGAAGACCAAGGGCCACCAUUGGGAGUUGAAUAUGAGGUUAAAAUGUUUGUUGCUGACAAUGAACUUGAAAAACCACAACGCCGUAAUUCAGUUGCAAUGGCCAUCCGUAAAUUACAAUAUACACUUCCAUCACCCAGUGCUCGUCAACCUUCAUCUAUUGUCUCAAAGGGAUUCAUGUUAAGUCCAGGAAAACUGAACCUUGAAGUGACUCUAGACAGGGAAUUAUACUUUCAUGGAGACAAAAUUUCAGCUCAUGUAACUGUUUCCAAUUAUUCAAAGAAAAAUGUUCGUUCAGUGAAGGUUUCGAUUGUUCAACACACUGAAGUUACUUUGGUUAAUGGUCAUUACAGUAAAACAGUGGCCAGUCUUGAAUCAAAGGAAGGAUGUCCAAUCACUCCAGGUGCUUCUUUCUCAAAGGUUUACCAAUUGUUACCCCUGGCUGCUUCCAAUAAGGAUCGGCGAGGAAUCGCCUUGGACGGAAUGUUAAAAGAGGCUGACACCAACUUAGCAUCGUCCACACUGACACCGACCUCGGAUGCCAUUGGAAUCGUCAUUUCCUAUGUUGCUAGAGUUCGCCUCUAUUUAGGCGCUAUUGGGGGAGAUUUAACUGCUGAUGUACCUUUCAAAUUAUGUACUCUAGACCCUGGUCAUGGUAAAACUGUGGCUGAAAGUGGAGAGGAAAAUAAAAACAAGGAAAGUGGACAACCUGCUGAGUCAACAGGAGCUAAUACAACGUCGACGACAAAUGUCACAACUGCAGGUCGACGACUUAAGAAACAAAUGACUCGUGAAAUGAGCACUGAUCUUAUUUUUGAAGAUUUUGCUAGACGACGCCAAGAAAGUGAAGAUCUUGAAUAAUGUAGUUUGGUGGUGCUAUCACUUUGGAGCAUAUUUUCAAAUUUUUCAAGUGUUCAUAUUUCUUAAUCAGGAACAUUAUCAACAUUUGAAAUGCUAAAGGAUGAGACUUUUUGGUACACAAUCGUAAAUUUUUCACAGCAAUUAGAUAAAGAGUCUUGCUUCUUUUGAAACUUUCCAAUCUUCAUUUGAAGAAAUUAAACAUUCAACCAACAAUCGAAUCACUUAAUAUUAUUUAUUAAUCAUUGAUAAAUUAAUCUCUUUACUUCGCGUGUUUCAUGUAUUAUGAUUAUAUAUGGUAUUAUCAUUACAUUGUAUUGUUUUGAGUGUCACUUUGCCUCUAUCUUUGUCUUAAUUCAUUUGGUUUCUUAACAUCAUUGAUGUUGAAAGUUGUAGUACAAUAAGUGUGUAAAUAAAUGAACAUUUCAAAUUAUGA